AUGCUUGCUCAAACCAUCUUCUCCAUUCUCGCCAUCGCCACUACUGGCCUGUCUGCUCCUGUUGAGCCCCGCAGCGACGACUACUUCGGCCCAGCCGAAAUCCACACCUACAACAUUAACAACGGAGCAAUUUACGACACAGACGAAGGUCGCGUGACCAAGGCCCCUGGCAACGGCGGUAACGACAUCACAACCCUCCUCACCUUCAAGUACCCCGAAGCAGCCAGGGGCAAGAAAUGCCAAUUCGCUUUCUACCUCGCUCCCGGCGAGAACGUCAUUGGUAGCAAGAAGCUUGAUCUCUACUCUAGCCUUGCACCCGCUCCUGGACCCCGUGCCGGCUGGGGCCCUGGUAACCAGCGCAAUGUCCACUUGGGACGCAUGGAUGUCAAGGUUGGAGGUUCUGCGACCUGGGAGGCUACUUACGGGCCGUACAUGACACAGAAGACGGAUUGCAAGAAGCCUGGUACUGUUGAGGGGCUUGAGCUUGUUGGUGUCUACGAUCUUGAUGCUAUCUACUGGAACCCGGCUAAGUCUGGCCCUCGUAUUGUUAUCAGCUAGAUCGGUGGAGUCGCUAGUCUUUGUUGGUGCUUCAGUUCGUCUGUAUAUAUUCUUUAACGCUAGACGGUAGCGCGUCUGUUUUGUCGGGAUUCUGAGUUAUUUUAGGAUUGGAACUUUGUAUGCAAAUCACAAUAUCAGUGCACUUC